AUGACUGUCUCACGCGAAGAUUCCGUUUACCUUGCCAAAUUGGCCGAACAAGCUGAAAGAUAUGAAGAAAUGGUUGAAAACAUGAAGGCCGUUGCUUCUUCUGGCCAGGAGUUGUCAGUUGAAGAACGUAAUUUAUUAUCAGUUGCCUACAAGAAUGUCAUUGGAGCCCGUCGUGCUUCUUGGAGAAUCGUUUCUUCUAUUGAGCAAAAAGAAGAGUCUAAAGGUAAUGAAAACCAGGUUGCUUUGAUUAGAGAUUAUCGUUCCAAGAUCGAAGCUGAGUUAUCUAAAAUAUGUGAAGAUAUUCUCUCUGUUUUAGACAAUCACUUGAUUGCAUCAGCUCAAACCGGCGAAUCAAAGGUAUUCUACUACAAGAUGAAGGGUGAUUACCACAGAUACUUGGCUGAAUUUGCUGUAGCUGACAAACGUAAGGAAGCCGCUGACUUGUCCUUAGAGGCUUACAAAGCUGCUUCUGAUGUUGCUGUCACUGAAUUGCCCCCAACUCACCCAAUUAGAUUAGGUUUGGCUUUGAACUUUUCCGUGUUCUACUAUGAAAUUUUGAACUCCCCUGACAGAGCUUGUCAUUUGGCCAAGCAAGCUUUUGAUGAUGCCGUUGCCGAUUUGGAAACAUUGUCAGAAGAUUCGUACAAGGAUUCUACUUUGAUUAUGCAAUUGUUGAGAGAUAACUUGACCUUAUGGACUGAUUUGUCUGAAGCUCCACAAACUGAAGAACAACAACAGCAACAACAACAACAACAAUCUAGCCAACAAGCUCCAACAUCUUCAGAGGCUAAGCCCGAUCAAGAAUAG